CUUACUUUCGGUUCGCGAUUUCGUUUGUUACUUAAAGAAUAGAUAAUUUAAGACCACCAUACAAAUAAACAAGCUUCAUUUUCUUCGUGAACUUAAAUCUUGGCACAGUUGAGUUCAAGAAAACUGCGACUCUGCUCUGUGUAGUGAAGCAAAGGGAAGGGUUCUGCAUUUAAAGGUAUGAAGAAUAUAAAAGGCUAAAGAAGAUGAGACAGAAAGAUAAAAAGACUCGCCCCUUAAACAUUGGGCGUCGAACUGGAGUGGAUGUUGUAGAGGGGAAAAGAAUUCGUCAACAGGAUGAUGGAACUGAUGUGUUUGAUGAUUAUUGGACUGACAGUGAUUCUGUUCAUUCAAAUCAAACAACUCAAUCAAUACGCUCCCCUGAUAAAACCAGAAAUGAAAAGAUUUCAAAAAAUGUAUCCAUCCCAAACAUAAAUGCAGGGAGUUUGAGAUCAAGUACAAAAAGAACUGUAAAACAAAGAAGUGAAGAAUUUGAGGGUCAAAGCCCUGAUAUUAGCCGGGAAUUAUCAAAAAGAUCAGAUUUCUCGAGGAAAAAUUUAAUGAACUCUUUUGAAGAUGAGGAAAAUGCCACCUUUGCCAGAACAAAAAUGACGCAAACUUCUUGUAUGUUGAAUGAAACAGAAAAUUCAACACCCAAAAAUAUGAAUAAAAGAUCAUAUAUAAAAAAAACACAAAGAAAUGACACGGAUAUAUCUGAUCAUGAUAUAAAUUCAGUAAGAAGGUCUAGAAAUGUGUCUAAUUCUUCACAUUCACUUUAUGUAAGGGAAAAUUUGCUUUCACCAAGAGGCAAGACAAGUACUGUAAGUAUUUCAUCACCUCAUGAAAUGGAAAUCAGAGAAAAAGCUGAAAAUAAAAAAUCUCAAGGGACUCAAAUUUCUCAUGCUUUAGUUGAAACAGAAAGUUCAUUCCAUAAAAAUACAACAUUUACACAAGAAAGAUCUUUUUGUGAGGAAACUGAAAGAAAUAAGGAUCUUUCACUUGGCAAUGAAAAAAAUUUACUAGUAGAGAAAUCUGCUAGCAAAAAUCUGUCUAAAAUUUUAUCCACACCUAGAAAAAAGGAUUUUCAUUCAAAAGAUGGGGCAAAUGCUGAAAAUGUUUCAUUAUCUAGUAAUAUGAAAUCUGGUAAGAAAACUAAAGACAAAAGAAGUUUGAGGACUAGUAUUCAGUCUUCACAUCCAUCAGAUGAAACAAAAAGUUCACCUACCAAAAAUACAACAUAUACACGUAGAAGAUCACAUUCUGAGGAACCUGGAAGUGAUACAGAUAACUUAUCUGACAGUGAGAAAAAAAUUUCUGUAAGAAUGUCUAGAGUUUUGUCUGAAUUUUUUCCGACACCAAGUGAAAAGGAUUUUCCAUCAACAAGAGAUGGGACAGGUACUGAAAGGGUUUCAUCAUUAUCUAGUAAUAAGAAAUCUGGUAAGAAAACUAAAGACAAAAGAAGUUUGAGGAUUAGUACUACAUCUUCUAAUCCAUCAGAUGAAAUGAAAAGAUCACCUACCAAAAAUACAACAUAUGCACUUAGAAGAUCACAUUCUGAGGAAAUUGGAAGUGAUACUGAUAAUUUAUCUGACAAAGAGAAAAAUUCUUCUGUAAGAGGAUCUAGAGUUAUGUCUGAAAUUUUAUCCACACCAAGCAAAAAGGCUUUUCCUUCAACAAGAGAUGGGGCAGAUGCUGAAAAGGUUUCAUUAUCUAGUAAUAUGGAAUCUAGCAGGAAAGUAAAAAAACUGAGAAAUUCUAGGGUUGUGGCAGAAUCUUCCCAUCGAUCAAAUAGAAUAGAAGAUUCUUCUUCGAAGAAUACAACAUACACGCAUGAAAGAUCUUAUUCAAAGGAAACUAGAAAAAAUAGAGUUGACUCUAGAGAAAAAAUAGAGUUGAAUGAUAGAGAGAAGACUUCUUCGGUAGAAAUAUCUCCUAGAAAAAGGUCUUCUCGACAUAUGGCUAACUCUUUUGAAGUGUUGAGUCAGAAAGAAGAUAAAUCUCUUCAGAGUACAAAUAGAUCAGAAAUUUUAGUAUCUGGUCAAAAAGAAAAGAAAAAUAAACAAAAAUCUUCCAUGGGAAAGUCUCCUAUAGCAGUUAAAAGAACAAUACAGACUUCUGAUAUCUUGAAAAAUUCAUUGUCUGGGACUCCACAUAUUCGAAACAGAGGGAAAGAAAGCAGCAAAAGGAAUUUUUCAGGAGGGAGAUUUCAAUUUUCAACUGAAUCUUCUGAAAUGCUGAAUCCAAAAGAAAAUAUACCUUCCCGAAGCAAUAAGAGUGUAAAUGGUUCAGAAAUUUUAUUAUCCCACCAAAAACAAAAUGAGGAAGAUGUGCAAGAAUCUUCCGUCAAAAAGUCUCCUAGAGCAUUUCAGAGUAAGAGAAUGCAAAUAUCUGAUGAUUUAGAAAAUGAGCAGGUGUCUAACAAUGCCUCCUCCCCUGUGAAAACUGCUUCCCCUAAGCAUUCAGCUGAAUGCAAGAAUGAAGGGCUUGAAGUCAGAAAGUCUUCUAGAAUGCGAUUUCCGCCUCUUGCAUCCUGGCGAAAUGAGAGAAUCAAAUAUGCGAAAUUAUCUUCAGGUGAAUUAAAAUGUGAGGGUAUAGAUAAAGGUCGAGCAGAAGAUGAUUAUGCAUUUAGAUAUUUGAAAAAGAAAUUGAAUAAUAAAGAUAAAAGAUUUAAAUUGAAAACAGAUAUUAAAAAGAAGGGAAAAAAUAUCCGUGAACUUAUUAAAAAGACUUCAGUUACAGAUGUUCUGGGUAGAACCAUAAAAUUGAAUUUACACCGUCCGUUCAGUACAUGCGAGUGGACUUUGCCAAAGGAUGAAGGUAGUAACCCGGGUUUCAUGUUGUGUAGAGUUUUUUCAGCAGAUUUAAUGACAUUUGGAUUUUUGGAUAUUGCUGCUCAUAGUAUGAAAGAUAUGCGGUAUUCACCCUCAGAUAAUAUUUACUUUAUAGUUAUAAGAGGAAUUGUUGAUGUUAAAAUUCACACAACUUUUUUCACAUUUACAAAAAGUGAUACUUUUAUUGUGCCUGCUGGUAUUGCAUACUCUAUAAGCAACAAUACCUCAAGAAAUGCUGUGCUUAAUUUUACUUCAUUCAAAGUACCCUUUUUUAAGUAUCAGAAUGCAGAGUAAUUUUUAAAAUUUUUUUUAAAUAAAUUUUUAAGCUAUUUUCUUAAAUAUAUACUGAAUGUUUUGUUAUAGAUUUUCAUUCAUUUUAAUAUUUAGAAAGUGUGUGUUUAUAAUUAAAAUGAAUAGUUUCCAAAAUGAAAAUAAAAAAAUUAUAUAUGUUAUUUGUACAUAUUUAAUCAAGUAAAAAUGAAAACUGGUUAGUUAAUUACAAAUAUUCACAACCACA